GGGAGUGUGUAUAAAAGACAGCAGGAGACUGUGAAAGCGACUUAGCUGCAGACUCCCAGGCUAACAGCUCUAACUCAGUCUUUUCUGCCAUGAGCCUCAGGGGCAGCACCACCUCCUCCUGUACCAGGGCCAUCCCACUUCCUGUCCUGCAGGUGUUGCUGCCGAUGUCACUGCUCCUGACCACGCUGGUUCCCUCCACCACUGGAGAACCUAAAAGUAUGGAUAGAAGGCUGUACAUUGAACUUCGCUGCUCAUGUGUGAAGACCACUUCUGGCAUUCAUCCCAGUAACAUCCAAGGUUUGGAAGUGAUCAGGGCAGGACCCCACUGCACCAAAGUCGAAGUAAUAGCAAUGUUGAAGAAUGGGAAGAAAAUCUGUCUGGACCCAGAAGCUCCCAGAAUCAAGAAAAUAGUCCAGAAAAUAUUGGAAGAUGGUGGGUCAGCUGCUUAAUGUUUUCACUUUCUGUCAAACGAUUUUAUCUCCCAAGAAGGAUAAAAGUUUGA